UCCAAACAGACGACAGCGGGAACACGCUAUCCCUCAUAUUAUUCCAGACAAUCUAGAACCAUCGCCUUGAAGAAAAAGAAGUUAAGGGAAGAGAGAUAUAAAAAUCAAUAAUUAUAUAAAGCAUGAGAGAAACCGAAGGGCCUGUUUGGUUCAUUGCUUUGCCCAGAGUGAACGACUAGUUGAAGGAGUGGGAAUCAAUCGUCAGCGAUUCAGGGACCUGAUAAGUUUAUGGGUUUUCUUUGGAUUAUUUCAAAUUAGAUAAAGAUUUCAUCGAAGAAGUAAACCUGGGGAGUGAAGGAGGCUCCAGAUUAGGGCCGUGCUUGUCUUGCGCAGAUUGGCUGCUUCGUUACUGCCAUUUAAUUUUCCGUAAGAAAAUGGAAUCGCCUUCCGGUUCUUUGCCGAUUAAGCCCCGUGAUCGAGUCCUAAGGAGGUUAGCUGCUAUAGGGAUUCCAAUGGAGUACCUCGAAAGGUCUUAUGAGGGGAUAGUUGGUUUUGUUAAUGGUAACGAGUUAUUGUUGCCGGAAGUAGUUUCUGCAAUCUUACCUGCAGAUGAAGAUGUGGCGGAGUCUAUACAAGAUACUGAGGAAUGGAUGUGUUUGAAUAUGAAAAAUCAGUUCCGAGAGAGUAUGGUUUGGUUACAGUGGCUGAUGUUUCAGGAUGAACCUAUGAAUGCUUUGAAAAACCUAGCGAAUUCGGGUGUUGGUCAAAGCGGUGUUUGUGGUGCAGUUUGGGGAUCGAAUGACAUUGCGUAUAGGUGCCGGACAUGUGAGCAUGAUCCGACUUGUGCUAUUUGUGUUCCCUGUUUCCAGAAUGGGAAUCAUAAGGAUCAUGACUACUCAACUAUAUAUACAGGUGGUGGUUGCUGUGAUUGUGGAGAUGAAACAGCUUGGAAACAGGAGGGGUUUUGCUCGAAGCAUAAAGGUUCAGAACAGAUUCAACCACUUGGUGAUAGCAUAGCAAAAUCUGUUGGUCCAGUGCUUGAUGCACUCUUUAUUUGUUGGAAAAACAAGCUUUUUGCAGCAGAACGUGUAUUUCAUGAAAAUACGAGAGCAACCAAUCGUGGUGCUGAACAGAGGAAGGCUGCAAAUGAACUUACUUAUGUGGUCGUUGAGAUGCUUAUAGAAUUUUGCAAGUAUAGUGACAGUUUGCUCAGUUUUGUGGCAAGGAGGGUAAUUUCUCUAGAUGGUUUAUUGGAUUUUCUGGUCAGAGCAGAGAAGUUUGUUGGUGAUGGUGUUGCAAAGAAACUCCAUGAAUUGCUGCUGAAAUUGCUGGCAGAUCCCGUCUUCAAAAAUGAAUUUUCGAAAGCAUUUUUAAGUUACUACCCAACUGUUAUAAGUGAAGUCAUAAAAGAGGGAAGUGACAGCAUUUUCAAUGAGUACCCACUAAUCUCAACUUUCUCUGUCCAAAUAUUCACAGUGCCAACGCUAACUCCUCGCCUCGUGAAAGAGAUGAACCUAUUGGACAUGCUACUGAAAUGCUUGGGAGACAUUUUUCUUUCUUGUGCUAGAGAAGAUGGACGUUUGCAGACUGCUAAGUGGGGAAGUUUAUACGACACCACAAACCGUGUAAUUGAAGAUAUUCGGGUUGUCUUGAGCCAUGAUGUAGUCUCCAGAUACGCAAUACAUGAGCAGAAGGACAUUUUAAGAACUUGGCUCAAGCUUUUGACUUUUGUGCAAGGGAUGAACCCUAUUAAGAGGGAAAUCGGCCUCCAUAUUGAAGAAGAAAAUGAAUCUAUGCCUUUUGUUUUAAGCUAUUCUAUUUCCAAUAUUCAUUCCCUUCUGGUAGAGGGGGCAUUUGCAGUUGCCUCAAGUGAAAGGGAAAAUAUUCUUUCUUAUGCUUAUAAGCAAGAUGUGGAUGAUGGAGAUAGCAUAAGGCAUGCAAAAGUAGGAAGGCUCUCUCAAGAGAGUUCUGUUUGCUGUCGAACAGGAAGGAGUGUUUCAAAGACUACCGAAAUUGGAUCCGACUCCGUAUCUCAUCUUUUAAUUCCCUCCUCUGCCAUCUGGUUAAUACAGGAGUGCUUAAGGGCUAUGGAGGCUUGGCUAGAAGUUGAUGGCGGUACCUCUGCUGCUCUUCAGAGUUUAUCUUCUCCAAAUAGUAGCGACAGUUCUGAUAGCAAUUUUCGGGCAAUAAAGAAAACAUUGUACGACAUUAAGAAAGGAAAAUACUUUGGGAAGCUAACUGGUUCAAGUGAGAAUCAUAGCUCACAAUGUUCUCCUGUAUAUAGUGGAAAUCAAGCAAGUGAUGAUAUGGACAAAAGUAGAGGCUCAGACAGUAAAAGCAUGCCAGCUGAAACUGAUCCAGUUGCAUGUGGUUAUAUAGGUGAUGUCAGUGCCAUGGAGACAGAAUGUGGCGUAGAACUACCUACUUUGCGUGUUUUGAGCUUGUGUGAAUGGCCAGAUAUCGUUUAUGAUGUUAGUUCACAAGAGAUAUCUGUUCACAUUCCAUUAUAUCGAUUAUUUUCCUUGCUUCUGCAGAAGGCAUUGAGAAAUUAUUAUGGUGAAUCUUCAUUGCCAAAUAUAACAAAUGCUUGUUCAGCAAGUUCGUUAUCAGCACAUGCAGAUUUCUUUGGUCACAUCCUCAGGGGCUGCAACCCUUUGGGGUUCUCUGCAUCUGUUAUGGAGCAUCCCUUAAGGAUUAGGGUAUUUUAUGCUCAAGUUAUUGCUGGAAUGUGGCGGAAGAAUGGGGAUGCUGAGUGGUACCGCUUUGUUCGCUGGACUGAACAAGGUUUGGAGCUUGAUCUAUUCUUGCUGCAGUGCUGUGCGGCACUUGCUCCUCCUGAUCUCUAUGUUAAGAGAAUUGUAGAGCGCUUUGGGCUUUCAAACUACCUUUCUCUGACCCUUGAAAGGUCAAAUGAGUACGAGCCGGUUCUUGUUCAGGAAAUGCUCACUUUAAUCAUGCAAAUUUUACUAGAAAGGCGAUUUUGUGGACGCAGCACUGCUGACAGUUUGAAAAGAGAACUGAUUUAUAAGUUAGCCAUUGGAGAUGCCACUCACAGUCAACUAGUGAAAUCUCUACCUCGCGACCUUUCUAAAUCUGACCAGCUUCAAGAAAUUUUAGAUAGGGUUGCUGUAUACUCCAAUCCAUCAGGCUUUAAUCAGGGAAUGUAUUCAUUGCGUUGGGCCUAUUGGAAGGAGCUGGAUUUAUACCACCCUUGUUGGAACUCGAGGGAUUUGCAGGUCGCAGAAGAAAGAUACUUGCGUUUCUGUGGUGUUCCAGCAAUGACUACUCAGCUGCCUAAGUGGGCAAACAUAUAUCCUCCUCUUGAGGGAGUUGCUAGGAUUGCAACAUGCAGAGAGACCCUUAAGAUUAUUCGUGCAGUGAUGUUUUAUUCUGUUUUUACUGAUAAAUUUACUGAAUCACGUGCUCCUGAUGGUAUCCUUAUGACAGCACUGCACUUGCUUUCAUUAGCAUUAGACAUUUAUUUGCAGCAGAAUAGAUCUGGUGGUGUAGAACGUCAUAUUGGAGAUUCAAAUUCUAUUCUAGCUUUCGCUAGUGAAGAAAUUAUUGAGUCAUUAAACUAUGGUGCUGGCAAGCAGAGUUUGUUAUCACUACUUGUUGCACUAAUGAGAAUGCAUCGGAAAGACAAUGUAAACAGUUAUACGGAAUCCAGCAACUGCAGUUUCUCUCCUCUGAUUGAAAGUUUAUUGAAAAAGUUUGCUGGAGUUGAUUCCCAAUGCAUGACCAUACUGCAACAACUUGCGCCUGAAGUGGUCAGCCAUCUGUCCGAAUCUACUUCGAAUACUGAGAGAAGUAUGUCAGGUUCAGCCUCUGAUAGUGAGAUGCGCAAGGUGAAAGCUCGUGAAAGACAAGCGGCCAUAAUGGCAAAAAUGAAAGCAGAACAGUCUAAAUUUUUGUCAAGCAUCAUUUCAACUGCGGCUGAUGAUACAAAAUCUGAAGCAGAAGUUUCUGAUUCUGACAUGAAAAAUGAAGCAGAAGGUGCUUUGCAACAGAGUUGCUCCCUUUGCCAUGAUCCUACUUCCAAAGAUCCUGUUUCUUUCUUGAUUCUUCUCCAAAAAUCUAGGCUUUUGAGCUUUGUUGAUAGAGGACCUCCAUCAUGGGAUCAAUGUUCAGACAAGCAGCAAGGUUAUAUUCCCACAAAUAGGACGACCAAUCAGUCGGGAUCAAAUGCCUCUGCCAGCAAUUCAGGAUUGGCUUCUUUUUCAGCGCGGUUGACUGAAAAUUCAGUUGUUGAGUCUAACAAUAAUGAGCAGGGGCAAGAUAGGGAAGUAAAUGCCAUUCUUGAGUUUUUCAAGUCUCGAUUUCCUUCAGUGAGGAGCAUUCAAGCACCUUUCAUGUCUACUGAUGCGAGGGAUAGUGGUGUAUAUAGUUCGGGGAAGGUGGAGGAAGAUAUGUACAUAUCUAUUCGUAACGAAAUGCAUGAUAUUUCGUUAAACUCAAGCUUUAGAACAUAUGAAGCAUCUUCUGCUGCUGAAUGUUCCUCAGAAAACCGCAGGGAUGCUGAAUCUGACAUACUUGGAAAAUACACUGUUGCACUUUCAAAUGAGACAAUUGAAAACUCUUUGGGAACUGAAAACACUGAUAUCAAUAGAGAGUUGACGGAAUCUACUUCACAGCCUCUUGUUUAUGAUGGAUUUGGCUCAUUAGAUUGUGAUGGAAUUUAUCUGUCUUCCUGUGGACAUGCUGUACAUCAGGAUUGUCUUGAUCGCUAUUUAUCAUCACUGAAGGAACGAUUUGCACGGAGGAGUUUCUUUGAGGGUGCACAUAUUGUGGAUCCUAAUCAGGGAGAGUUUUUGUGCCCUGUGUGUCGUAGACUAGCAAAUUCUGUCUUGCCUGUAGUGUGUGGGACUUUCCAAAAGGCAGGAAGGAAGCCUACGACUUCAACUGUUUAUCAAAUGCCUUCUUUUGGUUCUCAAUCUUCAGUAAGCAAAGAAACUGUUUCCCUUCUGCUUCAGCCGGGUUUAUGUCUUCUAAAUACCGCUGCCAAGAUGGUUGGGAGACCUCAUUACUUUGAAGCUCUUUCUCUUCAAAGAAAAGGAAGUUUAAGUCAGGAUCUGGAGUCUGUAUCUCGGGUGCUGUCUAAAAUGUAUUUUUCGAAAAAGCGGGAUAGAUUCUUAGGAUCUCCAAGGUUAAGCCUCUCAAUAAUUUUGUGGGAUACUCUCAAGUAUUCGCUUGUGUCAACAGAAAUUGCUGCUCGCAGUGGAAAGACGUCCAUGGCCACAAAUUAUACUCUUACUUCUUUGUAUAAGGAGUUCAAAUCUUCUAGUGAAUUUAUAUUUUCCUUGUUGCAAAGAGUUGUCCAGAACCUGAGCGGUACAAAUUCUCUUCUUGCUCUUCAAAGAUAUAGAGGUCUUCAACUGUUUUCUGUCUCUAUUUGCUCUGGGGUUGGCCUUGAUAACCACAGCACCUCAAAUAAACAAGAAGACAAUCUUCUAAAUAUCUUGAAACAAGAUGAUAAGGAAGUGUUAUAUCCUGAUAUUCAAUUAUGGAAUCGAGCAUCUGAUCCUGUUCUUGCUCGUGACCCUUUCUCAUCAUUGAUUUGGGUUCUCUUCUGUCUUCCCUGCCCCUUUUUCUCAUGUGAGGAGUCCUUGUUAUCCCUUGUGCAUCUCUUCUAUGUUGUCUCUGUGAUUCAGGCUUUAAUUGUAUGUUGUCGGAGACCUGGUUGUAAGGUCAAUGGAUUAGAUUCUCAUCAUCGCCUAAUUACUGAUAUCUGUGGUGUUCUUGGAGAACCUGACUGUGCUCACUGGUAUUUUAUGUCAAAUGGUGUAGACCACUCUUGUGAUAUUAGAGAAAUGAUUCGAAGAUUGAGUUUCCCAUACUUGCGGAGAUGUGCAUUGUUGUGGAAAUUGCUUUUCUCUUCUGCCCCAGCACCAUUUUGUGAUAGGGAUAAUGUGUGGGAGUCGUCUCAUGUGACAACUGAUAUGAUGGAUACAGUUGAAAGUACUUCAGUGGAGCUUGGUGAAAUACAAGAACUAGAGAAGAUGUUUAAGAUUCCUCCUAUAGAUGUUGUUCUUGAGGAUGAAGUCUUGCAACCGUUUGCAUUAAAAUGGUUUUAUCACUUCAAAAUGGUAUAUGGAACCGGCAGUUUCCAAAAUGUUUUCUACUGCAAUCCUGCAGUUCCAUUUAAGUUGAUGAACCUGCCUCAUGUUUAUCAAGACCUAUUACAAAGGUACAUAAAGCAGUCUUGCCCUGAUUGCAAGGCUACACUUGAUGAACCUGCAUUAUGCCUUUUGUGUGGUAGAUUAUGCUCUCCAAGUUGGAAAUCAUGCUGCAGGGAAAGUGGAUGCAUGGCUCAUGCAAUGAACUGUGGUGCUGGUAUCGGUGUAUUUCUGUUGAUAAGGAGAACAACGAUCCUGCUGCAAAGAUGUGCACGUCAAGCUCCUUGGCCUUCUCCAUAUUUGGAUGCUUUUGGGGAAGAGGAUAUUAAAAUGCGUAGAGGAAAACCACUGUACUUGAACGAGGAACGUUAUGCUGCUCUAACUUACAUGGUUGCCUCUCAUGGUCUUGAUCGGAGUUCAAAGGUUCUAGGCCAAACAACCAUUGGUACCUUCUUCGUGGUUUAGCUCGGUUUCAUGAUCAAGGUGUCGGUUAAUAUUUGGCCUCUUUUUUGUUUCUCUGUAUCUCUUGCAAGACAUCAAAUUGCUUAGAAAAUGGUUCUACAAAACUGAAGGUUACCGGUAUCCGUAAAUGACUGCACAAACCAAGGGUCUCGCACAAUGAUGAUGGCGAGUGCCCGUUUUGGGUAGACAUAUUGGUAAUCAGGUCAUUUUAGCAGAUUGAGCGCUUUUCUAUUUUUUUUUCUUUGCGUAUUUUUACUCUUUGUUAAUGAAAAUGAUUAUUGAAUCACCGGAUUUUAUGGGAGACGGUCUCUGUCGGAGUUACUCUUGUUUUUAUUCAACAUUUUCUCAUUAUAUUUUCUA